AUGAAAAGAAAAAUUCUUCAACUGGAAAUUACUCCCCAUGGCACCAAUCUACCCUUUUUCCCAUACUCAAUGUUAAGAACAGUUCAAGGUAUCAUGGGUCGAAAAACUAACUAUGGUAUGGCUCCUAAGGGAUUUACAACCCAACAAAGAUUUACUCUGAAUAAAGUGGUGUAUAAGAAACCAUACAAUAAAGGGAAGAAUCAUCAAUCAUAUCCACGUUAUACUCCAAAGAAAAUCACAAACGUAUCGGAGUUCCCACUAUAUGAACCAAAAGUACAAGAACCAGUUUCUGAAAGUUUACAACUAUUAAAAGAUCAUAUUUCUCAAGGGAAACCUCUUAGUAUUCAAGACUAUUUCCAAAGCACACAUUUUGCAUUUGCUGAAGAGAAGCAAGAAUCAUCGUUGAGGUUCUUGAAAAAUAAUAUCGAAUUGAUAAAUUCAGGUAGACCUUUGAUUGCCAUGGAUUGUGAAGCAUAUGAAAGAGAACAUCUGUCAGUUACUGAGAUUGGGAUUGCCGUCAUGGAAAAUAACGGAGAACGAAUUCCAGAUAUCAAAACAUACCAUGUUGUUGUUCUGGAACAUAUUGAUAAAAGAAAUUCGAGAUAUGUACCCGAUAAAAAGGACAAUUUCAUGGGAGGAACAUCAUUGGUGAUGACUAAACAGAAAUCAAGAGAAUUUUUACAAGGAAUAUUGGAGAAAUAUAUUGAAGGAAAAGAUGGGAUAUUGAUUUGUCACCAAGUAUCAUCGGAGUUGAAAUAUUUCCGAAGUAUCGGACUAACUCAUCGUCAAGAUAUCAAAACUCUUGAUACUAUGAGUCUACAACAAAUCAGUAGAUUAGGUGGUAAUUCCUUAUGGGCAACAUUAAGAUUGCUUGGUAUUCCAUAUGCCCAUUUGCAUAAUGCUGGUAAUGAUGCUUAUUUUACCUUAUUAGCUGCAUUGGCAUUGUGUGAUCCCGUGACCAGGAUCAAGAAGAACUUGGAUAUUUAUAGUGAAUCACAAUACAAGGGUAAGAAAGGAUCACAUAAAGAUGAAGCAGAAUAUGUUGUUGUUGAAGAUGUCCAGCUGUUGAUGAAAAGUUUAUAG